UCUAGCUUAAAGAAUAGCACGUAUAGCUUCAGUUGCAUACUUACCUGUAGGCUUCUGAGCAUUAUUCCUUUUUAAACUGGGUUUGCUCACUGCUGGGAGAGAAUAAAUCAUGGCACGCGAAGUAACCUAUCGCAGUUGCUUUUGUUAAUCUAUGCACUUCACUUCUUUUUAGAAAUCUUGCUUUAGUUAACAUAGCUUUAACAAUUGAAGAAACGAUGACUACGUACUUAAUUCCUCGUCUAAAAAAAGUGUCGUCUCAUGAUGAUCUAUCUUGCUCAGGAUUACGCGGUCAUGCACAGUUCAUUGAUUAAACUAUGUCACUCACUACUCACUGCUAAUAGGCUCUGAUGUCCUAUGCAUGUUCCAGUUUAUUCAGGGCUUGCCACACGUCCAUCCAGUAUCUACGUAACCCUUAAUUGGUACACACUUGUUUAUAUUAUUUUUAAAUGAGCGUACUUGAUCUCAGUUAAAUUAUGAGGCUACUUACAUGGGGGUAUAUAGUGGAAAGGAGCCAGCUAAGCUGUAGGCAUGCAUUCAAAAGCUGGGCAUACAAACUAUAGACGAGAGCCACCCUCGAGAACUUCCUCUCUUCUUCCGUUCAUCCUUUUCCCUCUAGCUAUUCUGUACUUAAACAACAAUAGCAGUCCCGCUAGAUUGCUCCACCAACCUCCUCAACACAUCCAGGAUUCUUACAUAUCAUUCACUUCUUCACCAAGUCUUCUGGCGAUACACAACAUAUCUGUUAGAUCCUUUUCUGCCGUGCAUGUGUUCAUGUACAACAACGUCGAGAUUGAAGCCAACACAGCCAUGCACUACUAGCUAGAUCGAGCAAACACCAUUUGAAAGCCAAUAUACCUGCAUGGACCCUUGGAGUGAAAUUGAGGGCAAGAGAGCCCAUGAUCCUAUCUUCCAAAACUACUUCAGCCAAAACUGCCGCCAAUCUGUUGAUGGUUUCUGCAAGAAGAGGAGCGCAGAUGCUGCCGUCGCUCGCGCCGAGCGAUGCAUCCGGGUUCUGGGGCCAAUCAUCGUGGGUGCUGGACCAUCAGGGCUCGCUGUUGCUGCAUGUCUCAAGGAGAAGGGAGUUGACAGUCUUGUUCUCGAGCGCUCCAACUGCAUAGCUUCCCUUUGGCAGCUGAAGACAUACGAUCGUCUCAGCCUUCAUCUUCCUCGCCAAUUCUGUGAGCUUCCCCUCAUGCCUUUUCCUGCCUACUACCCUAUUUAUCCCUCAAAGCAGCAGUUUGUAGCCUACCUGGAGAGCUACGCUGCAAGGUUUGGGAUCUGCCCCACGUACAACCGGACGGUGGUGUGUGCAGAAUAUGAUGAGCAGCUUCAGUUAUGGCGGGUGAGGACACGGGCCACCGGCAUAAUGGGAGAGGAGGUCGAGUAUGUGUCUCGGUGGUUGGUUGUGGCCACCGGUGAGAACGCCGAGGUUGUGCUGCCAGAGAUUGAUGGCCUAGACGACUUCAAGGGAACUGUUAUGCACACCAGUUCAUAUAAAAGUGGCGGUGCAUUUGCUGGGAAGCGUGUUCUCGUUGUUGGGAGUGGCAACUCCGGCAUGGAGGUGUGCCUAGACCUCUGCAACCACAAUGCAAAUCCCCAUAUUGUAGUAAGAGACGCUGUACACAUCUUGCCCAGGGAGAUGCUGGGUCAGUCCACCUUUGGGCUGUCAAUGUGGCUGCUCAAGUGGCUCCCAGUCCACGUGGUGGACCGAAUUCUACUGCUCAUAGCUCAGACCAUGCUUGGGGAUACUGCUCAGCUUGGGCUAAAGCGUCCUACCAUCGGUCCUCUCGAGCUCAAGUCACUCUCAGGGAAGACCCCAGUUCUUGACGUCGGCACAUUUGCAAAGAUUAAGUCUGGUGACAUCAAGGUACGGCCGGCCAUAAAACAAAUAUCAGGGAGACAGGUAGAGUUCAUGGACACAAGGUUGGAGGAGUUUGAUGUCAUUGUGCUUGCCACCGGCUACAAGAGCAACGUUCCCUUCUGGUUAAAGGACCGGGAGUUGUUUUCCGAAAAGGAUGGGUUGCCAAGGAAGGCAUUUCCAAACGGUUGGAAGGGUGAGAACGGGCUCUACUCGGUCGGGUUCACCCGGCGCGGGCUGAUGGGAACAUCGGUGGAUGCUCGGAGAAUUGCUCACGACAUUGAGCAGCAAUGGAAGGCCAGAGGGAAGCACCCGGGCGUGUUGCUCUAGCUCCCCGUCCCCUCGUUCGCCACGGUUACGGGAGGCGUGUUCAUCGGUCAUGCAUAAGCUUGUGAAUACUAGCUAGUAGGUUUGGUGGUGAUACGGUGAUAUUCUGCCGACUUCAACAACGGUGCGCUUGUUGUGGCCCAAAGGGUGUAAUUGCGUGCGCCUGCUGCAUGCUGCGUUGGUUCAUUUUGAUGCUUGUAUAGGGUAUUGUAUUGUCAAGUUUUGUGCCUCCGUUUGCGUUUGAUGACUAACCAUCCUAUGGGCUGCUCUGUAUCAUCCUCGGUGGAGUAAUACUGAAGUGCCCAUGUUCGACAAUGGAGCUCUGUUUGGCCUCGACUGAUCAUCAAUGAGUCAAGCUUGUUUUUUUCC